ACAUUUCUUCUUCUUCUUCGUCUUCUCCGUCGGCUCUCUCGCUCACAGCUCCUGCGUGUCGCCACUGAAAUCCAUGUCGAUCGUCGUUCCUCGGCUUCAUCCGUCGAGUGAGAUAGCUACAGCAGUUGCUUCUUCGUGCGUCCUGCCGAGCGAUGCUUUGUUUGGAUGCCAUAAUGCGGUGUUAGGUAUUGGUUCGUUUCGCUCGAUACGGUGUUCGAUUGAGAAAUUCUGAGAGUCCUUGCGCCGAUUGCUGAGUGUGUGGAGCCUUCGGUGGUGGAUUUGAGGCAGAAAUUUGUUGACCUAGGCUGUGAUUGGCCCUGUCGACGGUGAUUGCAACUUGAUGUGCCUAAAUCUGGAAGCCGUUUAAAGAAUAGGAUACUGUUGAUAGGAUGAUUCAAAGUCAUCACAUCGUAAAACCAAGGCAAUUCACUGCUAUAGCCAGGAGAACUAUCAGUGGUACUCCCAGAAAAUGUCAAAUGGUGAAACCGUAGCAUAAAAACCCUAUAGAUGACCUUCUACGGGCGCUGCUAUUCUGUCUUGCUGAUUUUUCUAGUUACUUUGAUGGUAUUAUAUAGAGUUUUGCAACACUCAACAAGUGAAAGCACAAUUUGCGCUCCCUAGCACAUCUCUUGUGUGACCGUACUUUGCAUGACUUCCUUUUGCCUCGUCGCAUUUAACUACCGAAUAACAAUAGAAGUUCCAAGUUCUCUGCUCAUUGUUUGGCACUUGGCAUUAUUUGAUUUGAAAUAAGACUAGAAAUAGCAUAGAUCUGUGUACAAAUAUCACCUCCUUACUUGUAUAUAUCGGAUUAAGAUUCUCAUAUUCAUAUUCGACCUCUAGAUCUCCUUCCACGCGCUCAAUUCAUCAAGAUCUGCCCAUCAAUUGAUUACAUUCAGGCCAGACCUCUUUGACGGGUUUACAGUAUCUGGUACGCAGGUUCAAUGCGGCGUUCUUUCAAAGGCAUUAAGAAAACAUACUGGAUUACUUGCAAUGUUGAGCCCGACAUACAACAAUUACCUCUGGAUAGGAGAAGAUACCCAAGCAAUUUUGUAGUGAGGCCUUGUGAUCUGAACAGAUUGCUUGCAAAUUCUUGGUCAUCCCUUCAGGAAAUUACUAUAAUUGCAACAGAAUGCAUGAUCCUUCUGAUGCUGCAAGUGAAUUUGGUGGGAAAUCUGUCAAGUUUCGAAGCUACAUUGAUCCUACCAAGUGUACAGAUUAACUUUUUCUUUUUCAAUCGAAUAUGGAGAAGAAUGUCAUGGUUCAGAUUCUGGUUGCAGAGAAGACUCUUUGCUGCACACUCAGCUGUCGAUAGAUCCUGCGGAAGAAUUUGUGCAGUAUGCUCAUUACGGCAACCUAGUACACGUGCCUUUUGCCGUCAAAGAGUUGAAGGCAUUUCUUGCAUUCUGUGAGGGAUUUAUAGUGGACAUUCGUUUGUACUUUGAGAGGGCUGGUGAGUAAGUAAAUUCUAUAUGUUCUUUUGAAUCUGACCUUCUAUCCAUUUUUUCCAUGCUUCACUUCAAUUUUGUAUGUGCAAGUAGUUCAGAUGCAAUGAAUAGUUUUCACGCAAUCAGUCCAUAACUGGUUUUAAUAGAUGAAUGGUUGCUAGUUAUCUGCUCAGAGAUUUAAUACACGCUAAUGCAUAGCUUUACCAUCACAAUCGUAAAGGCCGAUGAUAAUUUUACUUUUGGGCUGAAUGUCAAAAAAGAGAGACUAUCUUUGAAAAUGUGGUUGAUAAAAUAUUGCACACCUUCGAAUCAAGUUUGGAUAAUAAUGGUUUAUGGAGGUUUAAGUUCAAGUCAUGAAUGGUUUAUUUAUUAAGUUUAAUGCAAGAUGCUAGUAAAAUAUGCCAGCUAAAAUAACAGUGCAAAACUUGAUGGUCAAUGUAUGUCUUUUGACUUUUCUUUUUGGUACUAAAUUUGUGGUUUCGAGUGCAACAUCUCUGCUGUCACAGAGGGUGAUAAGUGCAUCUAAAUGUAAAACAGAAAAGAACAUAGAACUUGAUACAACUGCAUAUUUUUAUGAAACAGGCCUAUUUUGAUGGCCCCUAAAUUUGGCAUUGAUGAGGGGGCCUCUUCUGAUUUUGAUGCUACACUUGUACUGGCCACCAUGCUCACAUAAAAAUUACAUGAAGGUAAUAAUGGACCUCUGGCAAAUGGAAUGCCGGGCCAGGCUGAUACUGCGGAAGCUCCUGGAGAACAGCCGGAGAGGAAUAGAACUAGUGCUUCCGAGAUUCCGUCAAAUCAUACCAGAAUAUGGUCUGAACUCUCAGGGUGAUUCUUGUUGCUUGUAGCACUUUCAUCUCAAUGAUGGCAAAGAAAUGGACUUUGCCUUGCUUUAAAAUAAAAUGCUGUGUAUGUUGUCAGUUAGAUACUUUUUUAUGAAGUCAGUGGAAGGUAUCUCUUGGGAAUCAAAAUUUGAGCAGUUUACGAACUUUGGGCAGGAAGUGCUGCGAGAAGUGGCAGUGGUUCUAAUGGAAGGCAAGUUCCAGAAGAAAGGAUCUUAAAAGCUGGUGGUCAGUCAGGAAUUAAAAGGAUUAGCACCAUUCAAAUAUCAAAAGCUACAUCAGCUGAAGGAAACAUCCAAACUGGUCCAGAUCUCUCAGUUUGGGUGUGUAUGAUGAACAUCAUCUUUAUCUCUCUAGGUCACAUUAUUUUGCUGUCUACUACAAAUAUUUCUUAAUACAGUUGCUACUUUCUCAA